AUGGAUUUCCCCGGUGCAAGUGCUCUCGGAGGCGGCCAGCCCAAUGCCGCGGAGGUGACUGUGCCCGAUACCGGCGAGGUCAUUCACAUCUCCUCCCUCGCCCUCCUCAAGAUGUUGAAGCACGGUCGCGCGGGUGUGCCGAUGGAAGUCAUGGGCCUCAUGCUCGGCGAAUUCGUGGACGAGUACACGGUACAGGUGAUCGACGUAUUCGCCAUGCCCCAAUCGGGCACGACGGUCUCCGUAGAGUCUGUAGACUAUGUCUUCCAGACUAAGAUGGUCGAUAUGCUCAAGCAGACCGGUCGGCCAGAGAUGGUUGUCGGCUGGUACCACUCCCACCCUGGCUUUGGAUGCUGGUUGAGUAGCGUCGACAUCAACACCCAACAAUCCUUUGAGUCUCUCAACUCGCGCUCAGUAGCCGUCGUCGUCGACCCAAUCCAAUCCGUAAAAGGCAAAGUCGUCAUCGACGCCUUCCGCCUCAUCAACCCGCACACCGUCGUCGCCGGCACUGAGCCCCGCCAAACGACAUCCAACAUCGGCCACAUUCAAAAACCGUCCAUUCAGGCUCUGAUUCAUGGCUUGAACAGGCACUAUUACUCGCUCGCAGUCAACUACCGCAAGACGGAGCUGGAACAGGCUAUGCUUAUGAACUUGCAUAAGCGAAACUGGACCGAGGGGUUGAAGUUGAGGGAUUUCGAGGUGCAUAAGGGCGAUAACGAGAAGUCCGUCAAGGCAAUGCUCACCCUGUCCGAAGCGUACAACAAGUCCGUACAAGAAGAGAGCACGCUCAGUGCCGACCAGCUCAAGACGAGGCACGUCGGCAAGCAGGAUCCCAAGCGUCAUCUGGAGGAGGCUGUCGAAAAGGCAAUGGGUGACCAGGUUGUGCAGAACCUUGGUACCAUGUUGCUCGCGGAGCUAUAG